UACAGCUGGAUUUCCAACAUGGCGGCCGCAUGUUUGAAAAUCUGAAUAAGAGAAAUUCUAUUCCAAAGUAGAACCGCAGAAGAGUGAAACAGCAUGGCUGACAGCUGGGAAGAAGUGUUUCACAAGAACCGGUUGGUUCCCCCGUCCAGCCAAACAGUCCGCCUGGCUGUGGAGAACCACCUCACCGCUAACCACAGCUUUCAGCUCAGCUUCAGCCGGCUUAUUGUAGCGCAACUCCCGCAGGAUCUGUCAGCUGGGGAAGAUGUGACCUACCAGCUGCGAGUGACUCUGUUUGACAGAAAACUCCAGCACUUUUUUGGAAAAACAUGGAAGAGCUCAUCCCAAAAGAUGAAAAACAACAAGAUUUCCUUCAACGAGGUUUUGUACCUGCAUACGUCCUUGCUGCUGCCCAGCACUCUGGUCGUUGUGGAGCUAGUGUCGCUAUCAACCAAACCAGACGGCUCCUAUCUGUCUCUGGGGAGAGGCUUCAGCAUUCUGGAGCUUUUUACCAACAGACCAGAGGGUCCAGGUACUAAUGGAGACAGAAGGCUGAAUCUACACCAUGGAACACCAAGAGGCCUCCUCCACCCCUCACUGAAGGACUCAGUUGACUAUGGCAACCUAUUGAAGGUAAUUGAUGGAGCACAUUUGGACUGUGUGAUGAAAACACAUCCUUCACUGAAUUCUGCAGUGCACCUGCUGCCUGAGCAUGCUCUUGUGUCUGGAGAGGACAACAUACCUGGACUCAUUCUUUCUCCAGCAGGAGACGCUCUGCUGAGGCCUCAGCUGCUCAAGAUGACGCCCUUCACCCUGGAUAAACUGACCAUUUCCCUCCAGCCUUCCCUGGAGAAGUUUGAGAGCCUUCUGUUGCAGCUCAUCAAUGCUGACUGCCAAAACACAAAACAACCUGAACCUGAGGAUGCCCAACGAACGGUUGUCAUUCAAGAACGGAGGCUUCACGUCGGAGUGCACAAUGGCUGGUGUUUCCUUGAUAAGCCCCAAGUGGUGGUCCUGGAGCCCGCUGCGUCAGGAGUCAGAGGACGAACAGACAGCACCUCUAAGAAGAGCACGCUGGUCAAGGAAAGCUCAACAACAUCGUCACGUCCUCAGAUGCUGGGCCUUCGCAGCAGCUUGGAGAUCAAAAUGGCCAAUAAUCAGGCUUUGGCAAUCGUCUUUCAGCUAGAGUACGUCUUCUCCGCUCCCAUAGGCCGAGAGACUAUGGUAAGAGAGACACACAUGUAUUAUGGAAUAAGUUUUAAGGAGUUUGAAUCCAAACACUUUCAGUGUAUGGUUUCAGCGAUGGCCCCCAAGGCACCAUUUACCUCCGAGCUGCUAUGA